CGUAAGGGAUCUUAAUCCCGGCUCAGCGGCGGAGGGUCCCGGUCCCGAGCAGCGGGGGUCUGCAGCAGCGCCUGCUCGGAGACGCGCGCAGUAAACCCGGCCGAGCGGACAGACGCGCGCGGUGUCUUUCGGAUUGUUUUUUACGACCACGUGGUCCGUAGCGCACCGGGCACGGCGCGUGCGUCUCGGCUGUUACUUUUUUGUCCUCGCGCUCUCGCCGUACUGCGCGAGCACCGAGCUCCCAACUUUUCCCUUUCGCUGCAGAGCAGAGGAGGAGCGCACGAGGGGCGCGCGGCGCGGAGUUCACGCGGAGCGGAGGGGAGAAACUACAGAUAGAAGCCCGAUAGAUAACUUUAAUGGCAGCGCGAGAGCGAGGUGGACCGUGCUGACCGUCUCCGCAUGUGUGAACACCUUCAGCUCCGAGGUGGAUGUGUGUGAGGCACCAUGCGGCAGCUGAAAGGAAAACCUAAGAAGGAGUCGUGGAAGGAUAAGAAGGAGAGGAAGCAGGCCAUGCAGGAGGCGCGAGAGCAGGUGGCCACCGUGGUCCUGCCCACGCUGGCCGUGCUAGUCCUGCUCAUCGUCCUCUUCGUUUACGUGGCGACCAGACCGGGGGCCGUCCAGUAGAACCAAAACAUCUCUCUCUCUCUUUCUCUCUCUCUCUCUCUCUCUCUCUCUCUCUCUCUCUCUCUCUCUCUCUCUCUCUCUCUCUCUCUCUCUCUCUCUCUCGUUAUGCCUUAUACAACAUAACACCACACGGGUGGAUCAGUAAUGAAAUGUUAGCAUUAAUUUCACCAAAUACGUUACUUUUGUUGGAUUAUGUCAACCAGAACUCCCACAGAACCUCAUCGGGAGCUGUGAUUGGUCAGCACACAGGAAACAAAUGCUGUGAUUGGUUUGAAUAUGGAAAUGUCUUUUUUUUUUUUUUUUUUUAUUUAAUCAGUGUUGCAAAGAACAGUAUGGCUGUAAUGGUAAACAGUGUGCAAGACACUUAGGGCUGUGUCCCAAAUGGCUCACUAAUGGAUAGGUUGGAGGGCUCAUUUGCAUAUUUCCGUCUUCGGCAAUAUCAGUGUUGUGAAGGACAACGUUGCGAAACUAAUUGUUAUAUGAUAUGAUGCCCUAUAGUUCUGUGUCCCAAAAUGCUUCCUUGAGCAUCUAGUGCACUAGUUUGUGAUUGGUUAGAGGGCUUAUUUGCAUAUUGCAGCCUUCUGCCAUAUCAGUGUUGUGAAGGCCAACAUUGCGAUAACGAUUAAUCGAUAUAUCAUGCAGCUCGAUCUGGCUGUGUCCUAAAAUGCUUCCUAUUGGACUCGUAACACACUAUUUCAGUGUAGUGCACUAUUUAUUUUUUAUUUUUAUUUUUUUUAUUGGUUGGGGGGCUCAUAUGCAUAUUGCAGGCGUCUGUAAUAUCCGUAUCGCGUUAUAUCAUCCAGCUCUAUCUGGCUUUGUCCCAAAUUACUUUCCUGUUGGACAUCGAGUGCACUAUUUGGUUGCAGUGCGCUAAUUUGACGUUCAUUUGCACAGCAUAGUCAUGAAGAUUAACAGUUAACUCACCUUAUGUUGUGCAGCACUAUUGGGCUGUGUCCUGAAUGGCUCCCUUUUGGGCAUCUAGUGCACUAUUUGGGUCAAGUGUGCUGUGUUUCAGGUGGUCAGAGCACUCAGUUUCGUAUUGAAAAUGGACAAUAACAACUAAUAAUGUAUCGUGCAGCGCUAUAGGGCUGUGUCCCAAAUGGCUCCCAGUUGGGCAUCUAGUGCACUACUUGGGUCAAGUGUGCUGUUUUGCAGUCGAUUAUAGUGCUCACUUUCUUAUUGCAAAGGACUAACGUUUAGCAAACCAUGCAUUGUGCAGCGCUACAGGGCUGUGUCCCAAAUGGCUCCCCUAACGUCUGAAGCACUAUUUUGGUAUAGUUCACUACUUCUUGAUUAGCUGAAGGGCUCAUUUGCAUAUCACGAUGCUGAGCCUUGCAAUACUGAUAACGAUUGAACAGUCAGUGGACAAACUGUUAUUUAUUUACGUUUUUUUUGGACCGUGUGAAGGAUUCUCUCUCUUAUUCGGAUCCAGCUGGACUUGCCUCUGCCUGACCGAGUGACUGUGGCGGCCGCGUCGGCCCGGACUGCGUUUACAGGGUUUCCACUUCCAUGCCAAAGCGCCUGAGACUUCAGGACUGCACCGCACACGUACACACACACACACACACACACACACACACACACACUUGGACGCUUGACCAUGCUGGAAUGGACAUCAGUGGACUAACAGGGCUGAUCUUUCCCAAGUAGCAAUGUUUAAAGGGGAGUCUUUACUGAAGUGGCUUGGUGUGAAAUGGUUCAGAUGUCUUUACAGUGGUGGUGAUGGGAACCAGGCGUCGCCAUGACGACAACACAAAUACAGACAUUUUAUUUACCAUCCAGAACCACCAGAGAACCUA